AUGAGAGACUACACGGCGGCGCCGAGCAGCGGAGGAGCGUGCAUGCCCUGCUGCCAAGUUUGCGUGUUCGUCUUUACCGCAUUUCUCAUCGUCGCAGAGCGGACUGCGAUAAUCUACUGCUUUGUGUACUAUCUUUGGAUUGGUCACAACUACAACUACGGCCAUCUUUCCGGGUUCACUGCUCUGUUCUUGUUGCCAGGAUGGGUUCCUCAGUGGCUCAGUUACAUGUGGUACCUGUGCGAUGGACGCAUCCGCAGGAAGUCUCUCACCUGGACACAUAUACUGCACCUGGGUAUCUUCAAAAGGCUGUUGGAGUGUAUGCAUCUGCCUGAUCGGGAUUUGUAUGGUGAGAUCAUGCAGCAGGCAGACGUAUCUGGCUUACGACUCCUAGAGGCCUUGAUGGUCACCCUCCCCCAGACGCUGCUGACGACCUAUGUGCUCAUCUGUACUGAUAUAGGUCUCAAAUCUCCAGCCUCAGUGUGUUUCGUGGUGUGUUUGCUGUCUCUCGCCUGGGCCUUGGUCCUCUACGCCAGAGCCUGUUCUCUUAUCAGACCGGGUCACUUACAUAUGACGCCUGCUGCCAUUCUCUGUCGCCUGCUGUGGAGGGUCGGUAUGUUGGGAUCUCGAUUCGCUGUUCUUAUGCUCUUCACACGUAUCUUCAAACAGUGGAUACUGGGAGUCAUCGGUGUGCACUGGCUGGGGGCAACUUUCUGGAUGGUGUCUCAGCAGACUGACAUCAUACGAUCAACAAGUCGAUGGAGAAUCUUCAACCUGGUGCUAGGAGCCAUUCACAUCUUCCUCUUCCUCAACGUGAAGUACGGUCAAUCCAGAUACCGCAUGGCUGGUUUCUACCUGGUCAUGUUCUUAGAGAACGCAUUUCUUCUUCUGGCCUCAUCCUGGAUGUUUACCAUGGUGUCCUGGGACACUGUUGGCAUCCCAGCUGCAGUGUUCUGCAGCUUCCUCAUUGGAGUGAUAGCGUUGGUUCUGUACUAUCGUUUCCUCCAUCCGAAGUCGUUUGAGAUUUUUCAGAGUAUUCGCCACAGAGGGCUUAGUGGAGCCUGCACAGAGCGGGGGUCUACGCUCUCAUUGGAGGAGAAAGUCACACCCACUUUCCAUCGCCACGCAACACUGUCUGGAGGUGGGACUCUCAUGGACCUUCCUAUCCAAUGGGAGGGCUGGAAACAUCACCACUGGCUGCUGAUUCGCUUAGCCCUGAAGACAGGGGAUGUCACAAAUAUCUGGUCGCUCUAUGGCGAGGGGGGACUGGCUGGACUGAUGGGUCUGUCUGAAGAAUUUCACUCCCCAGACGAACCAUAUGUCCCUCGGGUGAGUUGCAUUCCUCCACAGGUUCCUCAGAUCUCACAUCCAGCUCCUCAGCCAGCUCCCCCACCGGUGACCCAGGCUCCACAGGUGACAGAGGUGGUCCAGGCACCAAAGCCUCCUCCCACCAGUGUGGUGGCCAGACCGGUGAGGAGAGCUCCUCCCACAACAAUCCAGGAUAUGAGAAGGUUUCCAGAGAUUAUCCCGAUCCAUGAGGUCAUUAAUGAAGAGACAGCAGAGGAAGACUCCAGUGCUCCAGCAUCCGAACGAAAUGGUGAUGAGGAUUAUCAGAGUGCAGCCUACGGUUCACCGUCACUCUCAUCCCCUCUGCAACCAGAGAGCCUCCGCCACAUCGACAGCAACGCUGCAAGCCUGACCCCAGCCUCGUCCUCCGUCUGCUCUCUGGACAUCAAGACUCCAGGCUGGUCACCUGAGCGACGUUCCCCUAUGCUGAUUGCUUCCCCAGAGAAAAAGACGGGGAUACCUGGAGAGUCCAGCACCACACUGUAUUUCAGUGCAGAAGCACACUCUCCCUCCAGCGGGAGCUAUCUCGGCUGGGGCUCUGAGCUGUCGCCCAUCUCCACCUACCGAAGUCCCUACCGGAUCAGGGAGGCUCGUUUCAUCACGUCCACCCCACGAUUGGAGCCUCGAACUGGGGCUGAAAUCCUAAGUCCAGCCUCUGUUGUCGUGAUUCCUGCCACUCCAGGUACAACACCGGGCACCACCCCCCGUGCUUCCUCCCCUGCUUCUACUACGCCUGGUGCUUCGACACCCGCUGCCUCAACCCCUGGUGCAUCCACUCCUGGUGCUACUACGCCCGGUACUCCAGUCAUCCCACUCACUCCAGUCAUCGCCCACGCUCGUAAACAGAUGGUCCAGUAUGUGGACAGUAGAGAGAGGGCGGUGUAA